UACGCAGCGUUUUCAAUGGCAAACUGAGGAUUCGCAACAACGAAGAUGAACUAUUUCCUUUAAAACAAAGACUUUUCUUUGUCAAGUAUUGCUAGAAUGAUAAGUACGAGCACAAGAAAGCCUCUACAAGUCUCGAAGAGCCGUCCGAUACAAACCGGGGAGACGAUUUAUCAACUAGAUCCGCGAAACAGUACACACACAAACGACGAACUAUCGAGCCAACAUGUUUUGCCACCGCUGAAGACCGCAACAAAAACGCUGAAACAACAAUCACACGAAUCCAAUAAUACGCUCCCACAUUUGGGAGGCGUACAAGUACAACAGCUAUUCGAAGAGGAAACAAAUCAUCGUGGUAAAGUGGAAGCAAACACGAACAAUUUGCCGUCAGUCCGGGCAACUUCGAACUCACACACUUCAACGCCGGCUGAUGAUAACAAUAAUAAUAACGACAGGAAAUCGAGUGCGGAGUCGUCGACCGGGAAAUCAAGGACUUUACCAAUGACUCCCGAGAAGGCUAUGAAAGUCUUUAUGACUAAACUGACACCGUUUGAGCAUCAUGAGAUCUUUAACUAUCCUCAUGUUUAUUUUACUGGACCAAACGCAAAGAAAAGGCAAGGUGUUAUAGGUGGGGCUAACAAUAAUGGAUACGAUGAUGAGCAAGGGUCUUAUAUUCACGUUCCUCACGAUCAUAUUGCUUAUCGCUACGAAGUUUUGAAAAUUAUCGGUAAGGGCAGUUUUGGACAAGUCGUAAAGGUCUACGAUCACAAAACACAGAGCUACGUCGCCCUGAAAAUGGUACGGAACGAAAAGCGAUUUCAUCGUCAGGCGGCAGAAGAAAUCAGAAUUCUGGAACAUUUAAAGAAACAGGAUAAAGAAAAUAACUAUAAUAUCAUACAUAUGCUGGAGAGUUUUCAAUUUCGAAACCACAUUUGUAUCACUUUUGAACUGUUGAGUAUGAAUUUGUACGAGUUGGUUAAAAAGAACAAAUUUCAGGGGUUCAGUUUACAGCUCGUGCGAAAGUUCGCCCAUUCAAUCCUACAAUGCUUGGACGCGUUGCAUAAGAACAGAAUUAUUCAUUGCGACAUGAAGCCAGAGAAUAUACUCUUGAAACAACAAGGACGAAGUGGAAUAAAGGUGAUAGACUUUGGAUCCAGUUGCUACGAACACCAGAGGAUAUAUACAUAUAUUCAAAGUCGAUUUUAUCGUGCACCUGAAGUAAUACUAGGUGCCAAGUAUGGGAUGCAGAUUGAUAUGUGGAGUUUUGGUUGUAUUCUAGCCGAACUUCUAACUGGAUAUCCAAUCUUUCCCGGGGAAGAUGAAGGCGAUCAACUUGCGUGUGUAAUCGAACUUUUAGGAAUGCCUCCUGCUCAAUUUAUCGAGCCACACAACUCGAAACGCGCAAAGAAUUUCUUCAGUUCAAGGGGACAUCCUCGGUAUUGUAGUGUCUCAACUUUGCCUGAUGGCGAAACAGUUUUGACAGGGGGAAGAUCAAGACAUGGUAAAACCAGAGGGCCUCCUAACUCUAAGAGUUGGGUAACGGCUUUGAAGGGUUGCGAUGACCCUUUAUUUAUCGAUUUCUUGAAGAAAUGCUUGGAGUGGGAGCCGUCACAAAGAAUGACACCAGCUCAGGCGCUUCGACAUUCAUGGCUCAGACGUCGCCUGCCCAGAGCUCCUGAUAACACAACUAGUCAUAAAGCUAACCCGCCUGCGUCUGCCGACAAGAAGCAUCAGAGACUACCUUCCAGCUCUACUACUACCUCCAACAGUUCCUACUUCAGCCAAGGCGAAAACCAGGAAACCCAACGAGAAUUUGUCCGACACAAAUCGAACUGUACUACCCAAAAUUGUCGGCAGGUGAUCGAUUAUCAUACAUAAACACAGGACAAAACUACAGGUUUUAGUUAAGACUUCAAAGCCUGUCUGCUUUUUUGUUAGCAACAAAACCAAACAGUAUACCGAUUUCGAUAGAAAUUAUUUUAAAAAUGAUGAACUUAGACUCAUGUGUGGAGAUUUUACAAUGCUUUUUAGGUAUAAGACUUUUAAAGUAUAAAGAUUUUAUCGUGCUUUGUCACGCCGGCAAUGUCACUGUAUGUACAUAAUAAUUUUUAUGGAAAUUUUUUAUUUUUUUAUCCAACUGUAUAUAUAGACGAGAUUCUAAUAUAUAUCUUUUAGUGUAUAUAUGGACGACGUGAAUAAAUUCUUCUCA